AAGAAUGAAAUAAAAUAAAACUUUAAUCAGAGUCAGCCAUCUUCGUUUUCCCGCUCCUCUCUGGUUCCCAGCAGGACAGUCACAUGACGCAGCAGGAGAACCUCCUGACUCCUGCUCCUCCUCUCUUCCUGUCAGCUCCUCGGUGUUUGGAUCUCCGUUAGCAGCAGAAACAUGGCGGACACAGCCCGGGACCCUCCACCGGACCGAACCGACUUCCAUGAGGUGGAGGACGGAGAGGACCUGUUCUCGGAGCCGAGCGCCGCCACCCCGGAGUCCCAACCAGCCAGUCUGUCUGCUGUGGACAUCAGCACCAACGCAAAUGGACCCAAGCAGGACUCAUUUUUUGAUGAUGACAACGAGGAUCUGUUCGCAGAGGCUACAGAGGAAGUGUCGUUGGACAGUCCAGAGAAAGACGUCUUGCUGUCUGACGGCCCGUCGCCCGCCAUCACUCCCAUCACGCCCCCCACCUCCGUGAUAACUCCUCGCAUUGGCCACACACAUGACGACAUGUUCACACACUCCUCCUUUGACGAAAUUGAAGAGGAAGAAGGUGGAGAUUCAUUCGACAUCCACAUAUCAGUGUCAGAUCCUGAGAAAAUUG